GUGGGAAGAUGGCGGCCUCGGUGGUUGGUGGCCUGCCUGGGAAGGGGCAUGGUAUCAGCCUGGCAGCCCUGCGGCGCCACGACCCCUACAUCAGUCGCAUCGAGGACGUGGCCAGCCAGGUGGCUCUGUACACUUUCGGCCAUCGGGCCAACGAGUGGGAGAAGACUGGAGUGGAAGGAACCUUAUUUGUUUAUACAAGGUCUGCCUCUCCAAAACACGGAUUCACCAUUAUGAAUAGGCUCAGCAUGGAAAACAGAACAGAACCCAUUACUAAAGACCUGGACCUCCAGCUCCAGGACCCUUUCCUUCUCUACAGAAAUGCCGCAUUGUCCAUUUAUGGAAUUUGGUUUUAUGAUACAGAAGAGUGCCAGAGAAUUGCAAAACUGAUGAAAAAACUCACUCAGUGCGAACAGUUGAAAGCCUGUCAUGGAGCUGGAGCAGAAUGCUCCCCAGUGACCCCGAGUUUAGGAGAGAGCCGCGAAGUCGAUAUCUUACAGAUGCUCACCAAGGCCAAAGAUGAGUACACAAAGUGUAAGACCUGUUCUGAGCCAAAACAGAUAACCAGUUGUUCUGCCAUCUGUGACAACCCUAAACUUAUCAAACCCGUCCCUGUGAGACCCGGCAGCAGCCAGAGGCUACAAGAACCCGUGCCCAGCAAGACCUUGGACCCCGAGCCCCAACACUUAACUUUGACAGCACUAUUUGGGAAACAAGACAAAGAUACCUGUCAGGAAACUGCGAAACCCUCUCAUACCUUCGCCCACCACCAUCACCAUCACCACCACCACCACCAGCAGCAGCAAGAGAAGCUUCCCAUUCAUCACGGGCUUGCAUGCUCCCUGUCCUGUAAGGAGCCCAGAAAGCUCUCACUCCCCGUGGAGAAGCAGCUAUGCCCCGCCAUCCAGAAACUCAUGGUCGGGAGCACAGGGCUGCACCCCCUGCCACAGCACCACGAACGGUGGCCCUGUCAAAGCGGCAGCCCCGGUCCUGCAGGAGGAAUUCUUCCUGGUCCUGUCCAACUGGGGUCCCCCUGGACUGGCGGGACUGCCCACUGCACACAGAGCGCUUGCAGAAGCCACAAGCUUUUCGAGCAGCUUCAAGGUGCCCCUGGGGCAGCGCAUAACCCCUGUGCACCUGCCAGCCCAGCUGUGGCCACUCAGGUGGCUCCAGACCAAAGCGUGGCUCAGUCACAGCUGGUGUAUUUCAGUAGCCCCCUUCCACCUCCUCCACCAGGACCUCAGGCGCUCAGGAAGGAGCAGUGUGCACCACCAGUACAAGCCCUGGCCCUCUCUGGCAGCCAGGAGAGCAGCCCCUGUCUGCUCCCCACUCAGGAGCUGCUAAGAAAGCUCCAGGUAGUCCAACAGGAGCAGCAGGUGGCCCCCCGGCCAGCCUUGGCAGCCAGGUUCCCCGUGUCAGUCCAGGGCUCAGGGACAGAAAAGCCCUUAGAAGCCUGGGUCAGCCCGACAGCCGGCAUGGAGAAACGGGCUCCUCUUCUGCAGUCCACCUGUGCCCCACUGAGGGAGGCUGACAAUGGGCUCAUGCCCCUAGGAGGCCAAGAACUUCCUGCUGCCUCCUCCAGCCUCCUUCUGCCCCUGCAGAACUGGGACUCCUCCACCGUGGCCAGCAGGCCCCUCACCAGGCUGCAGCUCCAGGAGGCACUGCUGAACCUCAUCCAGAAUGAUGACAACUUCUUAAACAUAAUCUAUGAAGCCUAUCUCCUGAGUGUGACACAAGCAGCCGUGAGAAAAGCCACGUAACCAACGACCUGAGAGCAAAGACUUUGAGAAUUGAUUUUCCAGGUCCUUCAUGUGAACUGGUGCAACCAAAUGCAUUUCUGCUUUUUUAACAAAGUAUACUAAUACAAAGUAAAAUGUUUUGUACUGUCG